GAGUUUUUACAAACAUUUUAAAGUGGGCGUCAGACUCUUCAAAUUCCUAGGGACCAUAAUUAUAAACAAUAUAAUAAAACUGUCUAAACCGAAACCCAACCCCUCCAUAACUGGACACGUAACCACAAAACAGUGACACCCACCACUCUUGUAUUUAAAAACUUGAAGAAAACCACCGAGGGACAGUCCUGCAAAAGUGGGAACCAGACAUCUUCACCACUACUCAGUGCCCUCUCUCCGCCGCCAUCAACCCACCUAUUUCUUCUCUCCCGGCGAUCCGCUUCUUUCGCACCGACCCUUUUCUCUCCUUUUCACAUACAUACAAACCCCAUCACAGGCGACAACAAAAAGAAAAAAGAAACAACAAAAAAAACAGAGCAAGAAAUAUCAGAGGUUGAGAAAAUUCGUUGUUUUUUUCGGGUUUUCUUCAAUUCUCUAUCAAACCCAGAAAACUGUAUUCAAAUUUUUUUUUUGUUUGUUAAAAUAUCGAAACCUCGGCUUUUGAGCGUUUUUGUGAGAAAAAUACUGAUGUUUUUCGUGGGGUUUGAUCAUUUUCUUCUGAGAGUCUGAAAGGUGGUAAGGUAUAGUAGUUAAUAUUCAAAACUUGUAGUGGUUAAGUUUUUGUGGCUAAUUUGAUGUGUUUAGCUACGAAACUUUAAUGGUUUCGGUUGUGUUACGAUUUGUGUACGUUGUUUGUUAGAUUAGAGUGUCGAGAGAGAGAGAGAGAGAGAGAGAGAGAGAGAGAUGGAGCAGAAAGGCAUAUUGCUGUCGGCUUUGGGCGUGGGGAUGGGAGUGGGAGUGGGGCUUGGGUUGGCUUCCGGGCAGACGAUGAGCAAAUGGACCGUAAACGACACGAUGUCCAACGGCAUUACGCCAGAUAGGGUGGAGCAGGAGUUGCUACGACAGAUCGUUGAUGGAAGAGACAGUAAGGUCACGUUCGACCAAUUCCCCUACUACCUCAGUGAACAGACGCGAGUUUUGAUAACGAGUGCUGCCUAUGUGCAUCUUAAGCGAGCUGAGGUUUCAAAGUACACUCGCAAUCUAUCUCCUGCAAGUCGGGCUAUUCUGCUCUCAGGACCUGCUGAACUUUACCAACAACAACUUGCCAAGGCUUUAUCCCAUUACUUCCAAGCGAAGUUGUUGCUCUUAGACUUGACGGAUUUUUCUCUAAAGAUUCAGAGCAAAUAUGGCAAUACCAACAAAGCAUCUUCUUUUAAAAGAUCUACUUCAGAGGUGACACUUGAGCGGUUGUCUGGCCUGUUUGGAUCAUUUUCACUCUUUCCGCAAAGGGAGGAACCACCAAAAGGCACGUUGCGAAGGCAAAGCAGUGGUGUGGAUCUUGGAUCAAGGUAUUGGGAGGGUUCUUGUAAGCCUUGCAUGCUUCGUAGGAAUGCUUCAGCUUCAGCUAAUAUCAGUAACCUUGCUUCGCAGAGCACUCCUGCAAAUUCAUUUAAGCGCACAAGCAGCUGGUCGUUUGAUGAAAAGCUUCUUAUACAGUCCCUGUACAGGGUUUUGGUUUUCGUCUCAAGUACUAGUCCCAUUGUGCUGUAUCUCAGGGACGUUGACAAGCUCUUAUCUAGAUCUCAAAGGAUAUAUAACUUGUUCCAGAAAAUGUUGAAGAAAUUAUCUGGAGCCGUGUUGAUCCUUGGUUCACGAAUUGUGGAUCUCAGUGGUGACAACAGAGAGGCGGAGGAGAGGCUUACUGCUCUUUUACCUUACAACAUUGAGAUCCAGCCCCCUGAAAAUGAAUCCCAUCUUGUCAGCUGGAAGACUCAACUGGAGGAGGAUAUGAGAAUGAUUCAGGUUCAGGAUAACAAAAACCACAUCAUGGAAGUACUUUCGGCUAAUGAUCUUGAUUGUGAUGAUCUUGGUUCGAUCUGCAUCGCAGACACAAUUGAUCUCAGUAACUACAUAGAAGAAAUUGUUGUAUCAGCAGUUUCUUAUCAUUUGAUGAAUAACAAGGAUCCUGAAUACAGAAAUGGGAAACUCAUAAUUUCUUCCAAUAGUUUGUCCCAUGGAUUAAGCAUAUUCCAAGAGGGAAAAUACAGUGGGAAAGAUACAAUGAAGCUGGAAGCGAAGGCUGAAGUGCCUAAGGAAGGAGGAACUGAAGUGUCUGUCGGUGUGACGACAGAAACAAAAACCAAAAGCACUGCUACUGCUGCAGAGACAACAGCUGCAGCAGCAAAAACGGAUGCUGACAAUUCAAUUCCAGUAUCAAGAGCUUCUGCAGAAGUCGAUGAUGAAUUUGAGAAGCGCAUAAGACCAGAGGUCAUACCAGCAAAUGAGAUUGGCAUAACAUUUGCUGAUAUUGGUGCCAUGGAUGAGAUAAAAGAAUCCCUUCAGGAAUUGGUAAUGCUCCCACUGCGUAGACCAGACCUUUUCAGCGGAGGCCUACUAAAGCCUUGUAGAGGUAUUCUGCUAUUUGGUCCCCCCGGAAGUGGGAAGACCAUGCUGGCGAAAGCCAUUGCAAGGGAGGCCGGAGCAAGCUUCAUUAACGUAUCCAUGUCUACCAUUACCUCCAAGUGGUUUGGCGAAGAUGAGAAAAAUGUCCGUGCUUUGUUCACUCUCGCAGCCAAAGUCUCUCCAACCAUUAUAUUUGUAGACGAGGUUGAUAGCAUGCUUGGACAGCGAACAAGAGUUGGAGAGCAUGAAGCCAUGAGAAAAAUAAAAAAUGAGUUUAUGACUCAUUGGGAUGGGCUCCUGAGUAGUCAAGGAGAUCGAAUCCUUGUUCUUGCUGCAACCAACAGACCAUUUGACCUUGAUGAAGCAAUCAUCAGGCGUUCUGAACGAAGAAUUUUGGUGGGGCUACCGACUGUGGAGAACAGAGAAAUGAUUUUGAGAACUUUGUUGUCGAAAGAGAAGGUGGAAGCACGACUAGACUUCAAGGAGCUUGCAACUAUGACUGAAGGGUUUAGUGGAAGUGAUCUUAAGAACUUGUGUACAACAGCUGCCUAUCGGCCAGUUAGGGAGUUAAUAAAGGCGGAGAGCAAGAAGGAUUUGGAUAAAAAGAAGAGAGCUGCACAAGAUGCUUCGGGAGAACGGAAUCAAGAAGCUGUCCCAGAAACAGAAGAAGAAUCUAAAGAGGAAAGACUCAUCACCCUCAGGCCCCUGAACAUGGAAGACUUCAAGCAGGCGACGAAUCAGGUUGCAGCUAGCUUUGCAUCUGAGGGAGCCAUGAUGAACGAAUUGAAGCAGUGGAACGAUCUCUAUGGGGAAGGGGGAUCGCGAAAGAAAGAGCAGCUAACUUACUUUCUAUGAGAUUGGCGGUGAAAACUAGUACAUUUUCCACGGUUAGUUUUGAGUAUCAAUGAUCACCCUUCUUGUUCCUUCAGUUCGUCCUGGCACAGAUAAGUCAGUGACCAACAUUAACAAACAGAAUUUGACCGAAGCAUUUCCCGUGAGGCUGUAUUAGGAUGUGGAAGAGACUAAAUCUUGUAUUAAUCGUAUUAUUCGCCUGU